AUGCUUCGCUCUGCCAUUGUUGGCUUCGUACUGCUCUGCGCUCUCGUCACUUGGAGCACCACGCUCUUCUUCUUGCAGGGCGAUUCGUUCGAGGCUUGGUUUGACGCAGCUGCUCGCCGGGACAGCGGCCUCGAGUUUAGCAACAAGGCACAGGAUCUGGACUACGAGCCCACCAGGAUGGACGUGACCAACCUAAGCCCUACCAUUCCUCUGCGGAUGGUGACGUUCAACAUCCGAUACGCCACUUCGAGUCCGGUCAAGGGCGAGAAGCUGUGGGACGAGCGAGGCUCCAGGCUCGUCAACGAAAUCAGCUUCAUCACCGCCGGCCAGGAAAAUGCCUUUCUCUGCCUCCAGGAGGCCCUCCACAACCAGCUCGAGGACAUCCAGGCCGGGCUCGGCCCCCGAUGGGCGUACAUUGGCCGGGGCCGCGAGGACGGCAAGAAAAAGGGCGAGUUCUCCCCCGUCUUCUACCGGUCCGACGUCUGGUUCCUGGAGCGCUCGCAGACGCGGUGGCUGAGCACGACGCCCGAGAAGCCGUCGUUUGGCUGGGGCGCCCCUCACAAGCGCGUCGUCACCAUGGGCGAGUUCUCGCACAAGGUGACCGGCACCAGGGUCGUCGUCAUGAGCACGCACUUUGACUACAAGUACGCAAAGGCCCGCAAGCACAGCGCCGAGCAGCUGAUGCAGUACGCCCGCGACUGGAGCCAGGGCAACAACAACGCGGCUGUGCUCAUCGGCGGCGACUUCAACAGCACGCCCGAUGACGUGGCCUACCGCCUCAUGACGGCGCCGGGGUCUGGCAUGUCCGACCUGUCGGAUCUGCUGCCCGCGGACAGGCACCACGGGAACAGCCUGACUUACACCAGCUUUGGCGAGCCCAACGAGUGGCCGCAGCGCAUCGACUUUCUCUUCAUCCAGGAGCCUCGCACCGCAGUCGUCAAGACGUUUAGCGUGCUGGAGAAUGUCUAUGACGACCAGAUCCGCGUGUCGGACCACCGGCCGGUCGUGUCGGACUUGGAGAUUGCCGUGGACCCCUCAUCAUGA